AUGCUCCUCAAUCUUCCCCUUCGCCGUCCUUUUCCGCCUGCGCAUCUCGCCUACAUCGCAAUUGCGACUCUUGAUACCGAGGAACUUAAUGCCACAAUCGAUGCAUCGGGCUACUGGUCAAACCUCCGUCAAUUGGAGGAGAAAAUGAAGGAAAAUACCUUCUACACGUUCGAGACUGAAGCUGAGAGAUCUUUCUUUACACUCUGGCUCGGAGAACUCUCUGACUGCUACCCAACACAUGGUAUCUUCCGAGAGCUCACACGUUCGCAUCCAGAUUUCAUGGAAUAUGAUGUGGUUCAAGCGCUACUGGGUCAGUUGGAGGCUGAUGACAAGGUCGCAUCACACGACAGCAGGGGCGACAGUGCAUUGGAGUCUCACGCCUGUUGA